CUUUGAUUUCUUUUCUAUCGACACACAUUCAAUACAAAUCAACCAUCUUUACCAAUUCCUCAUUUUUCAAUCAUGACCAAUAAAUCGGCUUGCAACUGCAAGAUUGACCGCUUAAUUUACCACGAUGAUGAGUUCAUCUUUAUAACUGGAACUCAGAAACAAUCGAAUACGGCCGCCAAGAAAUCCUAUAUAACCUACGAUAUUCGUGUGGGGGAUGUUGAAACAAAGCAUCGAUACAGCGAAUUCGAAUCGCUUCGUAAAUCCCUCGUCAAAUUACACCCCAACGUCAUUGUUCCGCCGAUACCCGAAAAGCAUUCACUUGUUGAUUAUGCAGCGUUGCAAACCAGGCUUAGAGACGAUUUAUUCAUGAUUGAAAAGAGAAAACGCAUGUUGCAGACGUUCCUGAAUCGAGUAGCAAAGCAUCCUGAUCUGGGACGCGAUCAUGUAUUUCAUCGUUUUCUAGAAAGUGGUGUGCAAUGGAAUGACGUAUUACACUCACCGCCUCUCUCUUUGCUUCCCAGCAAUCCUUUGCAAAUGGCUGUAAGCAAGGACAGUGAUGCUUCCGCACCAGGCAAUGCUGCGAUCCUCAAUAGUAGUCUGAUUCCAACUCCUACAGCGGCGUAUACGUUGAAAAAUCCCGAUCCUCAGUUUGAACAAUCAGAACAGUUCACCUACCGUAUCGCCAAUUAUAUGAGCAAUAAUUUGGAGAAAAGCCAACGUAAAGUGAUUCGACGUUUAGGUGAAUUAGCCAACGAUUAUGCAGAACUCGGAGCGGUGUACAAUGGUUUUAGUUUGAAUGAAUCAGGUGCUGUUGCCAAUGCGAUUGAAAAAAUUGGGCAAGCAGUCGAUGCAUCCUAUACAGAGACAGGUCAAAUGGUGAAAACGCUGGAGAGUGAAUUUGCCGAACCCAUACAAGAGCAUUCACAAUUUGCACAGACGAUCAAGCAGGUCUUGAGAUUUCGUCACAUGAAGCAUGCUCAGGUAGAGCUGAUAGAAAAUUCGCUGAAAAAUAAGAAAGAGCGACUGGAAACCCUUUUGGAAAUGGAAAGCGAGGCGCGGCGGUUGGAGGAAGCCAUAACAAGAGAACGAACGAUUGGAAGCAACGCCGUCGAUAUCGACGAAAUUAAUGGUGGCAACUCGGAAACCGGGUCUGGUGAAGCGACCGAGGAGAAUCCAUACGCUGUUCAUCACACUGAACCGAGACUGCACAAGUCCCGAUCACGAAAUUGGAACGGACCGAUGCAGGUGAUUAAUGCUGUUGGUCACACAAUCCAAGGCAUCAUUGAUGUCGAUCCAGAAGCGACCCGCCGCAACCAGAUCGGCAAAACAAAAGACGCAAUGGGUGUGCUUGAGGAAGCACUGGAAAUUACGCGCAAGGAUCUUGCCGGUGCAUCGGUGGAGCUUCAAGCUGAUUUGGAUCGAUUCCAACGCGAGAAAAUCAAGGAUUUGCGUAAUAUGUUGAUUGCCUACGCCAAAGUGCACAUUCGCUACUGCCAACAGAACUUGGAAUCUUGGAAAGAGGCUCGAUUGGAGGUCGAUAAAAUCAGCAAUUAGUGCUUUCGCCUUGAAAUACAAAUACAAGGCGUUGUCAUAGAAAAUAUAGGCAGCAUAUUCUACGAUACUAUUCAUAUCUUUUCUAUUGGAUGUAUUUUGUGUCUAUUGCUUGUAAAUAUUCUUCAUCAGAGAACAAAUCAUGUGGAUGAUCUCGGAAUCGCACAGUUGAAUGUAAUGUAAGUUCGACUCCUUUUACAACACAUCAUCCCAUAUGCGUCGUGUUUUUUCCUCUUCUUGGAAUGCUGUCUCUACUCUGCUGUAGACAUCUAUUGAAGAGAAGAGUAGGAUGUGAGGGUAGAAUAAUGGUGAAUAAAUAAGCAGCCAUGAUUUUUACCUUCGCCAUAGUAUGCUUUCAGG